AUGACUGAAAAAUUUCAAUCUAUAACAGAAAAUACUUUAAACCAAAGUAAACAAUCUGAUGAAAAUAAAGAAGAAUCUAAAGAAUUAAACAAUAUGGAAAACGGUUCUACAUUGGAAGUUGAAGAAUUGGCUCGUCAUGAAAGACGUCAAGAAUUGAGAUCGGCGAAUUUGUUAGCUUGGAGACAAGGAAAGCCUGCACAAUUAUCUGCCGAACAUCAAAAAAGUUUAUUGAAAGAUAUUCAAACCUUGACAUUAGGGAAAUAUAUAUCUGAAGUAGUGGUAGCUGUGGUUGACGGUGUUCAAAAGUGUAAAUCAACUGCUGAUGUUUGGGCAGCUGUCGAAGUGAUUUCAGUUUUACAUCAAAGAUUUCCUGACACAUUUACACCUUUCUUAACUCAUACACUAGCUCGUUCUCUUGCACCUCCAUCUAAACAACAACUAGCUGCUAUGGCUGCCGAACAAAGAGAGAAGGAAGAAAUUAGUCGUAUAUCAAAACAACGUAUAUUGCUUAGAAUAGCAGGAGAGUUGUGGCUAAUGGGAGUUCUUAGGAAUGUUGAAGAUGGUAUAGCCGCGUUGAAUAGUGGAAGUGCUGCCGUAGGAUCUGGAAGUGUGAAUGGUGUUAAAGAUAAUGUCGCUGGAUUUGUUAGCUCGCCGACCAAAGGACCUAAAGAAGUCAAGGAAGCAAAAACAUCUGGUGACGGGUUCAUGUAUACAGUGUUGAAAGAUUUGCUCUCUCACGAUAGCAAACAUGUCAAUCUCCCGUUGGUUGUUUCCUUUUUGAAAUAUUUUGGCGUGGAAAUGCUUGGCACUACUUCGCGUAGAACUCAUCGUGAUACGCUGGGUAGCUCUGCUACUACGACCAACGAAGAAACAUCUACUGAAAAUCAAGUCUCAACCGAGAAAAUCGUAAAUAAUGGUGUUUCCAAACAGCAACAGCAACCAGAUAACCCUGAUCCAAUUGUCACUCCUCAAAAACGAGAACUUUUUAAAAAUUUAUUAAUCGAUUAUUUUAAAAGUAUCGAGGCUCAUCUUAUUAUGGAUCAUCAGACAAUUAAAACUUUAGACCAUAAUAAUCAUGAAUUCUAUAUCACCAAAGGUGAAGUUCCUGAAGCAACCAAGCAAAAUUACGAAAAAGUUGUCAAGUUAUUUGACAAAUUUUUACAAAAUGCUCAAUUCCUUGCUGAUUUUCUUGAUAUCGAAAUGCCUGAUUUACCUGAUGAAGAAGGAAUAACAAAAAUGUCUACAAUUAUUCGUGAUGGCACAAGCACAACUGAAAAAGAAGAAACAUUUACUAGUAGUAUCUGGGAAGAUGAGGACGCUAGAAGUUUUUAUGAGAAUCUUAUUGAUCUCAAGACGCUUGUACCUGGUGUCCUACUUGAAGUCAAAUCAAAUAAAAAAGAUGAUGGAGAUGCAGAUAAGGAUGACCCAUCUAAUUUACUUGACAAAGAUGAAAAAGAUGAUGGCGACAAGAAUAGCGAGUAUAAUUUGCCUGAAGAUUGUAAAGAUUAUGAAGCAAAAGAUUUUGAAAAAGAAAAUGAACAAGCCGAAGAAGAUACCUCAGGCAACUUAAAGAAGGAAACAGAUUCUGCAAAUAAAACAGGGACUUCUGCACAACUUGAUGCUUUGUUAUCACGUCUUCCACACAUGAUUAAUCGUGAUUUGAUUGAUCGGGCUGCAGUCGAUUUCUGUUAUUUAAAUUCUAAGGCGUCUAGAAAGAAAUUAAUCAAGACUUUAUUGGGAGUACCUCGCAUUAGAUUAGAUCUUCUUCCGUAUUACUCUCGAUUGAUUGCUACAUUAAAUCCACAUUAUCCUGAUAUAACAUCAUCAGUUUUGCAAGGGUUGGAGGGUGAAUUCAAAUCUUUACAAAGGAGAAAAACUGUUGAUUUGCUUGAAACUAAAAUUAAGAAUAUAAGAUAUCUUUCUGAACUAACAAAAUUCAAAAUUACUCCACAACAUGCUAUCUUUCAUUGUUUGAAAAUAGUUCUUGAUGAUUUUGCAAAUCAUAAUAUUGAUAUUGCAUGUAAUUUGUUGGAAACUUGUGGAAGAUUUUUAUUUAAAAGUCCUGAUACCAGUACCAGAAUGGGAAAUAUGUUGGAUAUUAUGGUUAGGAAAAAAAAUGUCCAACAUUUAGAUAAUCGUCAACUUUUGAUGGUGGAAAAUGCAUAUUAUCAGUGUAAUCCACCUGAUAGAACAGCAGUUGUUAAAAAGGAACGUUCUGUGAUGGAAAAAUAUAUUCUUAAACUUGUUUAUGCAGACCUUAGCAGGAAAAGUGUAGACAAAACCUAUAGGAUUAUUGAGAAAUGUUUUUGCAAAAUUUGGAAAAUCAAAUACAGUAAUAUACAUUUGAUGGCAAUAGUAGCUUCUGGAUUACUAGAAUAUCAUUCAGAGUUUGCAGUAACACUUGUUGAUAGAGUAAUUGAAGAUAUAAGAAUCGGAUUAGAAUAUUUGGGUGAACUGUAUAAUUAUCGAGUGAUUGAAUCAUCAGUUAUUUUUGAUGUACUUUAUUCAAUUCUAACCUUGGGUUACGAAAAUGGACGACCUUCACCAAAUCGGGUUAAUCCAUUGGAUGCACCAAAUGACUUCUUUAGGAUUCGUUUAUGCUGCACCUUACUCGACACUUGCGGUGUCUGUUUUGCGGCAGGCGGUUCUAAAAAAAGAUUAGAUGAUUUUUUGAUAUUCUUCCAGAUGUACAUCUUGACAAAAAAUAAACUGCCUAUGGACAUUGAAUUCAUGGUUGUUGAUAUGUACGAGGUGCUACGGCCUAAUAUGACUUUCUUUAAAACAUAUGAAGAAGCUGCGGAAGUUGUUGAUCAAAAACUUUUGAUGAUUCAAAAAGCUAUACAGGAUGUGAGUGGUUUGAAAAAUCCAGAAGAAAGUUUAGAAGAAAGUGAAUCGACAUCUGAAGAAGAGGAGGAAGAGGAUGAUGAUGAUAUUGAGAGAGAACCUCGUGAAGAUGUUGUAUCAGAUGAUGACGAUAAAACCACACAAGCUGAAUCUGAUAGGAUGGAAGAAGGUGAGGAUAAACUUAUAGUUCAUACUAAACGUCAAGACAAAGUUACUACUGAAGAAGAUGAAGAGUUUGAAAGAGAAUUUAGUAAAAUGAUGACCGAAAGCAUGGAAUCUCGUAAAUAUGAGCGCAAACCUGCAAUGUUGGAUGUUGCAAUACCAAUGUAUCUUAAAGGGGUUGAUAAUACAGCAGAACAUGUGGAUGGAAGUGUUUCAUUCGCUUUGCUAACAAAAAAAGGAACUAAACAACAGUUGAAAAUAAUGGAGGUGCCGGCUAAUAGCGCAUUGGCAGUAAACACACGAAAUAAACAAGAAGCGGAACGAGAAGAACAACAACAACUUAAAAAAUUGGUAUUGAAUUAUGAGGAACGCGAAGAACAUAAUCAACGUGCUGCACUUCAACAGACUUUAGUGAAUAGUGGAGUGAAAGUCACCUAUCAAGCUGGUAAUCGCCGUCCAAAUCAAAAAGGUCGUAAACUUUUACAACAUCAAGGUGGUUUUAGUAAUGUAGGGGGAGGUGGUUCUAGUGGUAGUGGUGGAAGUGGAAUUAUUGCAGUUGCCGGUGGUGUUAAUAAUGGUGUCAAUAAUGGUGUUAAUAAUGGUGUCAAUAACGGUGUCAAUAACGGUGUCAAUAACGGUGUCAAUAAUGGUGUUAAUAAUGGUGUUAAUAAUGGUGGAGUUGGUGGAAUUGGCAACGGAGAUAAAAUAACCUAA